ACAAGGCUAACUAGCCAUCAGCGGUCUACAUAUCUGUAAUGUCUGUGUUCAAUAAUCUGAGCACCAUGAGUCCAGGGAAAGAAUCAUCUGUCAGCUUCAGCCAUGACUCCCCAGAGCCUGGCCAAUGACUGGACAGGGUAACUGCUCAGUAGAUAUUGCCUGACGGAUUGCCCAAUGAGAGAAGGGAAGAAAUUCUCAUUUACGUAGGCUCAGGAAAGGGAAGUGUCUUACCCAAGGUCACGGACAUUUUAGAAAAGGCAGAGUCAGAAUUGUAGCAGAAAAGGGGGGGGGCUCCUCUCCUGCCUGUUUCUCUACCCUCAUGCUCUGGGUCAGGUGUCACUCUCUGGAUUUGGGUUUGGUGUGAGGUGGAGGCAGACAUUGGGGGUCCGCUGAGACUCAGGUCAGUCUGAAAGGUCUCAGAACCAGCUGUGUCCUCUGUCACAUCCUUCAGGGAGGGGCUACUUCCCUUCCUGUGAGGCCACUGAUGAGGAACCCACGACAUGUCACACAAAGCCUGGACCCAUGUCACAUCCCAUGCGUCCGUCUGUCUCCCAGGCUCUGUGAAUUUUACUCGUCAUCUGCACACUGAGGACCAUGGAAGGAAGCACCAUGACCGCGACCCUCACUGCCCUUCUCUGCCUCUGUGAGAUCUGGGGAAAUGCAGAGUGAUGGGGCCCCCUGACUUCACAGAUUCUGCUGUAGAGAAACCCCAGGACUCAGGACACUCCCUGGGGGCAGGACCUUGGGGGAGGAGAGGUGUGCUCAGCCCCAGGUCUGCCCCCAGUGUUGAGGGGCCCAGACCAGGCCUGGAGCUUCUACGUGUGGUUGGGGAUGGUUCUCACAGGAACUCUCUUCCAGGGCUGUGUCGGGGUCCAUGGGACCAUUUACAGGCAGAAGUUGUCCCCAAACCCUCCAUCUGGGCUAAGCCAGGCCCCAUGAUCACCAGAGGAAGUCCUGUGACCCUCUGGUGUCAGGGGUCUCUGCAGGCUACUGCCUAUACUCUGUAUAGAGAGAGGGCUCCUGAGCCCUGGGUUACAAGGAUCACACCCAAUUUCAGCAGCAAGACCAGUUUCCACAUUGAAUCCUCCAGCUCACAGCAUGCAGGGCUCUAUGAGUGUGCGUAUUACACCACUGAGCACAAACUCUCAGAGCGCAGUGACCCCCUGCUCCUGGUGGUGACAGGAGUGGACAGAGCACCCUCCCUCUCAGCCCAGCCAAGCCCUGUGGUGGCCUCAGGAGGGAGCAUGUCCCUCGUGUGUCGCUCACAGGACACAUCGGGCACUUUCCAUCUGCUGAAGGAGGGAGGAGCUGACCCGCCCCGACACAUGGAACCGCAAUCAAGGUCCAAUGCUGAGAGCACCUAUGCCCAGGCCACCUUCCCUGUGGGCCCCGUGAACUCCUCCCACGGGGGGACCUACAGAUGCUAUGGUUCAUCCAGAUCCCACCCCAAUCAGUGGUCACACCCCAGUGAUCCUCUGCAUCUCGCGUUCACAGACUACACAUUGGAGAAUCUCAUCCGGAUGGGCAUGGCUGGAUUGGUCCUGGUGGUCCUGGGGGUGCUGCUAUUUCAGGCUCGGAACAGCCCAGGAAGGAUCCACGAUGCAGCCAGGACUUAAAAUAAGGGAGAACAAUGCACUGUUCAGAGUGGGGUGCCGUGGAGCACAUCUGAUGUCCCAGGACGUGAUGAAUGAGCAUCUGGACCCCAGUUGGGAAACUCUCUGCUGGGAAUGUCCAGGGGAGGAGAGGUGCAGAGGAGGUUUGGGUGCACGGGGGCAGGUGCCCUGUUCCUGUGGAGGACGCCUCCCCCAUCAGACUGUGGUGCUCCCCCUCCCUGUCAUCCCUGACUCUCCUCCACUGCCCUCUGUUCUCCCCUGUGACGUGAGGGUCCGUCCCACACGGCUGGUUUGGAUUCACAUCUAUGCACCCUUCAUGCUGGAUCACAGUCAUACACACACAGUGUGGUGUCAUCA